AUGAUGCUCGAUAAGUUCAAAAACAUUGUAAACCUAAACAACAGCGGUGGGGAAAAGGAUGAAGCGAAGAAAACGGAGGCAAACGAAAACCCAGAGGCGAGCGUGCCAGUACCGGGGGAUCCCUCCUUAGAAGGAGCAGAGGAUAAGGCCUUCUUCGAUGAAAUGCUAGGUGCACCACAGUACACAUAUGAGGAAUUCCUGAAGGUGUUAAAAGCUCCCCAGGAAGAAAGAGGAGAUACGGAAGACUUGAAAAAACAUUGGGGGUACCCCCGAAGGUGGAAAGUUAUUCUGUGGGAUUUACAAAUUCAGAAUUAUAUGAACAGUGAUUUUAAUGCGUUUGUCGAUUUUGACUUUGGGGGAAACCGGGAGGAGUGCCGCAUACAGCGAGGUUCUAGCAUGAAAAUCUACGCAAAGGGAAAGACGAAAAAUCUCCUGCGGACCCACGUGGUGUCCAACGUUGCCGCGGAGCAAAAAAAAAACAUGAAUUUUAGGAGCGUGUUUGAAUAUAGAGGAUCGUACCUAGACCUGGAAAAUGAAAAGCUAAGAAUAAAGGUGUGGGAAUAUAAACAACUCACAUUAAAUAAACUGGAAGGAAUAUACGAAGAGCCCCUCCUCUCAUUUGCAGUAGGACAGAUUUACAACGAAACGACUUUGUACAAAUAUAUGAAGGAUACUCGAGUGAAGCGUUGUCGCCUUUUCUUCCAACUCUACUUCCAGGAGUUGUACGAUUUUGAGUUAUCAUUUCUGAACUGGUCAUUUAGUGAUUUGCUGUCCUACACGUAUAUACAAGCUAAGAGCUUAAAGUACGUGGAGGACGAUCCAGAUAAACUGGGGAAACGGUUUAACAAAAGUGGACGCUGUAAUUUCUUCCCUAAAGGAGGAACCUGUGUAAAAGUGAAAAAGUUAAAUAAAAAAAAAAAAAAAAAAAUCGAAAAUAAAGACACAGAUUAUGGGAUCGACAUGAAUUCCUCUUUCAAUAGUGCCAUGUCGGAAAACUCAGAACGAAACAAUAAGAACAAUCAACAGAACAACACGGGUGCCAAAUAUAAGGACGACCGUUUGGCAAGAAAUUUAGAAAAAUUAUUCUUCCGGAAUUUAAGUUUGAUGCAAUAUGCGGAAGAGAAUGAACAAGUCUCCUACAAAAAUGUGAAUAAUGUGCAGCUUCCAAAUCCUAGAGUUACUAUAACCUUGACGCACACGCCCAAGGGACAUGAAGGACUGAAUUUGGUCUCCAUGGAGCAGAAGGCCAUUUGUUUCCCCAUCUGGGAGAACCUAGGAGAGAUGUACUUCCGGGGUACCCUUCGGGAUAUCGACAUGUCCUACUUGAAUAUUAAAGUCGAGGACAUGUCCGCACCGAAGAGUACUAGAGAAAUCGGAACCUGUCAAAUUCCCCUCAAAGGAGUGGUGGAUUAUCCAUACGUCGCUCACCAGCUGGAGGCACCCCCCUGGUUGAUUGAAGAAGCAAAGUAUGAAGAUUGGGAGAGCAAAUUGGAGGAGUGGAAAUUCGGCACGGUAGAUGGAAAAGUAAUCAUAGCAAGGGUUCCUCGGUACAGACAAACAGGAGACAUCUACCACCUGGAUUGUCGCUACGCUUAUCUAAUAGUCCACAUAUUUAACAUAGAUCAAAUAGUAACAGUCGACAAUGUAAAAGAAUUGGAUACCUACGUGGAAGUCUCCUUCGACGAAACGAGUAGGAGAACAAGAACCGUAAAGAAAACCUUGUCACCUAAUUAUGACAGCCAAGUAGCCAUCCCACUACGCUUCAAUCAUAAGAAUCAAGUGAAUUACCAAAAUUUUAGCAAAAAGGGACGUAUAUAUAUUGACGUUUGGGGAAAAGCAGACGACAUUGUUUACGUAGGAGGGGUAUCCAUAACACCAUACGAAAUAUUUUUCAACGAAAAAAAUGCUAAAAGGAAGAAAAGCAGACUCGAACACAUCGAUUUGGAGACUAAUGUGAAGACGCCAUACGACACAGUGGUCUACAGAGGGUGUAAAAAAUUACUCUUCCUUCAUGAUGAUCAGAGAAUUUCAAACAUACAUUUUAGCGUGUGGACAUAUCCAGAUAUGUUAAGCAACGACGAACAUGAGCGUGAUCGUGGCCCUGUCGUGGCGCCACCUGUUUUCAAUACGACAAAAAAUUUCCCCAGACGGUUGGCAGAAAAGUACGAUAAACUGAAAGCACUCUACUUUCAGGUACUUAAAACGAUUAGGGGAAUUCCAGAAGGAUGUACCGACAUAUAUAAGACGAAGCGUUUUUUUAAUUACGAAUUGUUAAACCAAAGAAAGGAAAGUCAUUUCCUGCCAACCCUAAUUACAAGUGUGAAAUCGCCCUAUGGGGCAGAGUCCACAAACGCUAUUUUUCACUACGUCAGAUGUAUACCUUUUAUCCAUAAAAAGGAUAAUAUAGCUUUUACACCAGAUUUUACACUACAGCUAAAAGGGGGAAAUGCCCUAGACCAUAGUCUACUACUGUGUAGUCUAUUUCUAGGCAUCCCCGUCAUAUCCUUUGUCUGCUUUGGAACCCUGUGGGAUAACCAGAAACAUGCAUGGGUAUGCACCUUCGAAUAUAAUGAAGAGAAAAAUUAUGGAUUGAUAAAAUUUUGGGAAACAACUACAGGAAAUGUAUACACAUUAAAAAAAAGAUUUAGCGAUAUGAACAAAUUAAAAAGUUUGGAAAUAAAGUUAAGUGAGUCAAAAUAUAAGUCUCACUUACGACACGGCUUCUUACAAAAAAGUGGAAUGCAUACAAACGAUGUUAACAGAAUAAAGGAAGAAACGAAGAAGCAAAUUAAGGAGCUCUUCAACAACAGAGUAACUGAUAUUCCCACCGGGGGACCAUCUAUUCCAUACAAAACCAUUGAUCUAAUUUUUAACAAUAAAAAUAUUUUUCUAAAUCUGCAGGAUCCUAACCCUUUAAACAUUUGGUACGACUACUGGAAGGUGGACUUGUGGUUUCCCUUCUCUUCCAUCGAUUACAGCAUCCAGCCCUGCUUCACCAUAAAGAAUUAUUCUCACAAAAUUGAAGACAUGGAAUUGGAUAGACUAGCUAAAGAACUUAGGGGUAGCAUUGAAAAAAAUAUAAAUAUUUAUAGAGCUUCUCGGAACUUGUCCACUAGGUGGAACCGAGAUGAAACUUUAGAACUGUUUUUGCAAGUCGGGUUGGAGUUACUGCACCAAUUGAACACGUCACGGAAGGAAGACGCACUGCUAGCCAAACUAAAAAUUGAAGACUGGAAGAAGGCACUAUACUAUAAAGUCCCACAGAGUCAUAGACUACUCGGAUUCCCCUACCAUUUUAACACGUGCAAAUCUAAGUUCAUUUCGGAUAAACUUAUUAGCACACUUGCUAUUUUAGAAUCCAGGGAUAGAUCCCUGUGUCUUUCGCUAGCUGUCUGCUUGUAUAGCCUCCCAGGGGACUUCAUUUCUGCUUACAUCUACAUCAUCACGUGUGUGAAGAUAACGCAGAGGGAGCUCCGCAAAAUGGAGAUCGUCAAGGAGAAGGCACAAAGAAUAGCGGAAAUCAAGAAUGCCAAAAAAAAACCGAAGGAAUCCCCCGAAGAUGCUGACGUGGUGGGGGUCGACGAGUUAGAUGUAGAUGCGUCAGCAGAACACAACCUGGAUGAGACACUAAAGGAGGACACCUAUGGAGAGACGGACGUAAAAUUUGCCUCAACAAAUCAGGAGCCGCCUUCACAGGAAAACGAUCAGGCGGAUGAACUAUAUCUGGGCCUCAUGGAAACCCACCCCAAUGACGAAACGGCGCAAGUAGAAUCCAUACAGAACACAGGAAGAGGUUCGAAAAAGAAGAAGCUAAAAAAGUCCGUUAACUUAGUCAAUAUGUUGCUCGCAAUGAACAAAGAAGGGAGACGCAAAAAUGAGGAAAAGAACUCUCGUGAGGAUGCCCCCAUGGAAAAGCCACACGAAAGUUUAACUCACGUGAAUGAAGGGGAUUCCACCAAAAAUGAAAAUGAGCCUGAGGCAGAUGUGUGUCGACCACAAGAGGAGGAAAGAAAGGAUGUCCAGCUGACUGAGGAAGCAGCACCCGAGAAAGACGGCCCAGUGGUGAGUUUCAAGGGGGACAUCAAAGCUCCUGAUUCGACUGAUUGGAAGAUGAACAAAAGGGUAGACACAAAGGAAUUGAGGAAAAAAAAAAAAAAAGAAAAGAAGAAAGAAAAGGAGAGCAAAUCGGAGCGGGAUAAAAACCAACUAGAAUUCGAAAAGCUAAUAAAAUCGAACAACUACUUUGAGAAGGAAAAAAAAAAACUGCAAGAAGACAUAGAAAAGCUGGAGAAGGAAAAGGAGGAAUUCAAGAAACAGAAAAUGCUAAGGGACCAGAAAGAGAAACAAAUGCUCCUAGAGGAGAAACUGAAACUCGAAAAGGAAAAGGAACUCUUCGAGAAUGAAAAGUUAGAACGGAAGAUGUCCUACAUGCUGAAAAUUAAUGAGUGGGAGAAGGAGAAGGAGCAAAAGUGGAAAGAGGAGGAAAGGAAGAGGAAAGAGGAGGAGAGGAAGAAAAAAGAAGAAGAGCGGAAGAAGAAAAAAAAAAAAAAGGAGGAAACUCGCAGGAAGAAGUUGGACCGGAUGAGCAGUGCUGAAGUGGAGGAAGAGGCAGAUCGGGAGAAAAAAAAGGAGAGGACAUGGGAUAUGGAAAGAGAGCGGGAGCUAGAGAUGGAAAGGGAACGGGAGCAGAAGGAGAGAGAACGAGAGCGGGAGAUGGAAAGAGAAAUGGACAGAGAUAUUGGUAGAAAAACUGGGAACAACGGGGAAGCACAGCCCGCCAUGCAGGAAAAGUAUUCGGACACGAAUGAGCUUAGCCAGCUAAGCAGCUUUGACGAGGAAUUGGACCUAAACCAGAUGUAUUCGAAGACAUCAAGUGGGAAACCAGACGCAAGCACUCGUGACGCAUUCGUAGCAGCACUUGUGGCAACAUUUGUGGCAGCAUUUGUUGCAACAUUUUUGUCCGAGUAUUUGUAUGACUUAAACGAGAAGAAAAAAAAAAAAAUAAGAGUGCAUACGAAUAGGAAGGAAAAUAGUGCCUCCACGUCCAACCUCUCGAAAGACAUGGAUGAGGUGAAGAACCAAAUGGAUGAUAACCCCAACAUCGCCAGGUACCUAUACGGGAAAACCCAAAACAGAGAAGCCGGAAAGAAAAAUUAUAAUUAUGACAAGCCUCACUAUGGGAAAAGUAUGAACGAAAUGACAUACACGGAAAUGAAGAAGAGUGAUUUAUUUAAAGGGUUUGCUGACCCCCCAUCUGGCAAGGCUAAGAAAAAAAUUGUGCUCGUGAAAAGAAAGGGAUAA